AUGGAUACAGAUUUAAGAAAAUAUUUACAACAAUUUCAAAAUCAACUUUCAUGGAAAGAAAAAAUAAAAAUUGCUUAUGAAAUAGUUCUUGCAAUAGAUGUUAUUCAUAUUGAGAAUGCAAUCCAUAGAGAUUUACAUUCUGGUAAUAUAUUGUAUUCAAAACUAAAUCAAAAAUGGGUUAUUAGUGAUCUUGGAUUUUGUGGACCUGCUGAUAAAUCAACAGAAAGUAUAUAUGGUAAUCUUCCUUAUAUAGCACCAGAAGUUAUUUCUGGAAAUUCUGGAAAGUAUGUUACAAAAAAAUCUGAUAUUUAUAGUGCUGCAAUGCUUAUGUGGGAAAUUUCAUCCGGGCAACCUCCUUUUAAUGAUUUUGAAAAUGAUUAUGAUCUUGCAUUGAAAAUAAUUAAUGGAAUGAGACCAAAAGUAAUAGCAGGAACUCCUGCCCUAUGA